CACACUACAAGCCUUGCUAAGUGCUAAUGAUUAUUUCCCGGGUAUUUUAAAACUCCAAAAGAUGAUCUCACGGCCCCACCACGUGUCCCAUCGCCAACAGCAAUCACUCCAGGGAGAGAAAAAGAGGCAAUGGCAUCUAAAGUCACCCAAAUACCCAGCGGGAGCUCAUCAGCUUCAUUGCCAGGAGUAGGGAGACCAGGAACUCCUGCAAUCACUUACACUGAUCCACAGCAACCCAGCCUCUUCUUUACAGCAUUCAACGAGCUCAGACAGCUACAGAGGUUCUGUGAUUUGGAGCUGAGUCUUAAAGGAAGGACAAUCACUGGACACAAACUCAUCCUGGCCUCUGGAUCACCUUACAUCAUGGAACUAGUCCACAGCAAUGAUCAUGGAUAUAUUGAGCUCACUGAUACAAAGUUAGACCCAUAUGCUGUGAGUGUAUUAGUGGAGUUCCUCUACACAGCAUCAUUGUGCAUAUCAGAGACUAAUGUACUCGAGUUGUGCUAUGCAUCGCAGGUUUUUAGGAUGGGCAAGAUACAGAAAUCUUGCUGCAAGUUUAUGAAAAAAACUCUAUCAGUUUCAAACGUCAUUCCUUAUCUUUUCUUUUGCCACGAGAACAACUAUAAGACGGUUGGGUCUAAAUGUAUUGAGUAUGCAGCUAAUAACAUCAGUCUUAUAGUUAAAGAGAGCUCUUUUUUAAACAUGACGGAUGAUGAUCUAACUAAAUUUAUAGAUACUCUCAACAUCAGGCAUACAAGAAAUGAAACGAUUGCUGUACAAGAAUGGUCACAAUACAAUGGAGUAGAGAGGAGGGCUAUGAAACUAGACAGGCCAGGGGUUAGUCAGCAUAUUCCGCCUCCUCAAGGAACAACUGACGGUCACCUGACAGCAAUUCACACCAACACUCACAAAUUGAUCACUGCUCGUCAUGGUGGCUUAGAUCCAGACGAACUUAAAAUGAAAUUAAAAUUAUUGCAACAGGAGACCCGAGCAACAAGCAGCAACUCUGCCUUACAUAAAGAAAUCGACACAAAUCUACCAAAUGGAAGAGAUACUAGUAACAGCAUCAUCACCAGUAGCAGUAGACUGAUAGCAAUAGGAGGAAGUACUGAGCACAGUGUCACUGAUACUUGUGAAGUAUUUAACACGAGCACACAAGAAUGGGCCAGCAUUGCUAAACUACCUCACAAGAAAUCACAAUCAUCUUCAGUUCUGUAUAACUCCAAGAUAUACUCAAUAGGUGGUUACACUGGUCAAAGACGAAGACUAUCAGUCAUUGAUGUUUAUGACACAGUGAAUAAUAAAUGGACUGUAGGACCUUCACUAGCUCAACCCUUGAGUGGUACCAGUGCAGUAUUGAAUAAAAAUAGAAUAUUCAUAAUAGGAGGGUAUAACGGAGCAGAGCACCUGAGGGAUGUCAAGGUUCUAAAUAUAGACACGGGACAAUGGAAGCACGGACCAUCUCUUAAUGUAGCUAGGUCAUACUGUCAAGCAGUGAUGCUACAAGGAUCAAUAUAUGCAGUGGGUGGGGCUAAUAAUGAUGGACGACUAGCUAGUGUCGAGGUAUUGUCACCAGGAGCAACACAAUGGACCUACUCGUCACCUCUUAACACACCCAGGAGUAGACCAGGGGUGGGUGUCCAUGGCAACCAGUUGUACGCAAUAGGUGGGUACGACGGUAUCAAUCACCUGGCGACUGGUGAAGUGUAUGACGCAACAACAGACCAAUGGACACCACUGGCUGGUAAUAUGAGGGUACAACGGAAUAGUCCUGGGGUGACAGUGGCACACGGGGCCAUUUAUACUGCUGGGGGUCACAAUGGGACAGGCAUUAAUAAGAAUAUGGAGAUAUACGAACCCAGAGCUGGGAAAUGGAUCAAUAGUGUUGACAUGACGACGCCAAGAUGUGACUUUUCACUAGUGACAUGUACUAACGAUUAAAAAAACUA